AUGGAUCCUUGUGAAACUCCGCUUAAUACUGCCUUGGAUCAUAGCAGGCUGGACCUGCAGGUCAUGGAUGUUACGUUUACAAACGUAUUGGAGGGGGCACGACAGUAUUUCCAGGGGCUGCCAACGGGUUCCAAUUCGGCGGUGAGCCCCGACUACUCAUCCGAAGCCCAUCUUCGCAAUGACUACGACCAAGGCGUGCCCCCGUCUUCCACCGCCUACUGGUCAUCGCAAGGGACAGAAGCGGUUCGAUCUCAAUCCAGAGAACACCUGCCACCGCAAAGGGAACAUACUCCCGGGCAUAGGGAGCAUGCGCCGAUGCUUAAAGAUCACACAUCUAUCCACAGACCGCCCUCGCAUGGAUCAGAUUCAUCUUCCAGACCAGCUUCACAUUUAUCGCAAUACGCUCAUAAUGCUGAACAAAAUAGAACCUAUUACUCAGGUUCUUACCCCGAACAGUAUCAAAUGUCCCAGAUACACCAACAGCAGCUGCAGCAGCAACAGCAACUACAACAGCAACAGCAGCAGCAACAACAACAAACUAAAAUGCAGCAACAACAAGUACAACAUCAAAAUCAAAUGCAGCAGCAUCAAAAUCAACAGCAGCAACAUCAAACUCAACAACAACAACAACAACAGCAACAUCAAAAUCAACAUCAACAACAGCAGCAGCAACAUCAAAAUCAACAACAUCAGCAUUAUCAAAAUCAACACCAGCAGCAAUCUCAUCAGCAGCAACCGCCAGAACAGUAUCAGCAAUCGCGGCAAUCUUUCGAGUUUUCACGACCGCAAGUCAGAGAUUCUCCAAAUUAUCCUCAGUAUCAAACUCAACUGCCCGGUAGUUCUCCUUACCAUCAGUCUCCUUCUCCUUAUCACCAAAUUCCAUCCCCUCAACAGCCUAGAGCUCCAUCAAGGGAACAGAUGGUUCCAAGAGUACCGUCAAGAGAGCAGACUAUACCUCGAGUACCUUCUCAUGAACAACUAGUUCCUAGAGUUUCUGCGAGAGACUCUCCGUACUCGCAGACGGAGUCGUACAGUUAUUCACAGGCUCACAGCUAUUACCAACAGCCUCAACCUAAGGUUGCUACUGGUAAUAUUACUUACAAACCAUCAACGGUACAACAGUAUCCUCAGUCUACUCAACAACAGCAAAAUAUGUAUUACAAACAUAUUUAUUCGCCUCAACAGACGCAUCAGUCCGUAUUUGCUGCAUCUCGACAAGAGGAUCAGAGCGCUACUCAUCCUACGGCUAUACGAACUAAUCCUGUCGAACAAACAAUUAGAACUACUCAUAAUUAUAUACCGCCAAUCGCCAGUCUGUCGAAUUACCAUUCCAGUCGUGUUAGUAGAGAGCCUGUCAGACCGGUUACUUCCACCACAACGUCAAGACCGCGAACAUUUAGUUCAAAUUCGUAUACCCAAAGUGUAAACGUUCCCACUACGAGUAACUCUAUUAUACAACCUAAUCCGGCGGCAUCGGUACCGAACUAUCCAAUUUAUAGAACAAAUUCGAACCAACAGUAUCAGCAAACCACUACUACGACCACUCCAUCGUAUACUCAGGUUAUAAUGACUACGUCAAGUGCUGCAUCGACUUAUUACACUACCAACCAAAGCCAGUCUUCCAACCAAUACCAACAUCCUGGAAUACCAAGAACUCAAACCGUAGAACAACAUCCAACCCAUCCAGUUGAAAACGCAAAUAACAGAAUCGUUAAACGGGAAUCUCCCUUAGAUCUUUCCGUUAAAACCGUAAGGACACCAGCCGAUUCGACUCUAGGUGAUGCUGAGCAAGACGCUAGAAAUAAGUACCUACAAAAUCAAAGACAACCAUCUCAAUCCGUAUCAGCUCUCAAUUAUCCGCAAUUGGAUGUCACCUUCCAAAGAAACAUAAUACAAAGAUCUGCUCAGACAGCCGCAACUGCCCCUAAAUUUGAAUUUCGGCCUAACUUCAGUGCGCCUACACUUGCGCAGCCUAGAAGACCUUUAGAAGAGCCUAGACGCAGUGUGAUACCAGAAAAGGCACAUUCCAGUAGUAAAGCACUGCCGGAAAAUAAAAGUAUGAUGUAUAGGUAUCCUACCGCUUCGAUACCAACAGCCGCUCAUGUAAAUUCCUACAUCAGAGCCACUCCUAAACCAGUACCAGGAAUAGCUAACACACCUAGAAUGACUGCAAACGAUAUAUUGAAGAAACGACCAGGAGAAGUAGAAGCCCCAUCUAUAAUUCCGAAUAAAGUUCCUAAAGUAGCUGAUGCUUGGAGGCAAUCCAUUGACCUACAGAUAGAAGAAAGACUUUCUAAUUACAAACAGCAGCAAGAGAAGCUCGCCUCUCCAACUAAAGUUCCUCUAGUUAAUGGGAAUUUUCAGGAUAAAACUAAAAAUAUGUAUCCAGGUUAUGACAAACCUAAUUACGAAAGUACACCAAAACAUUCCUCCUUUAAUAGUCAAUAUCCUAUGCAAGCCAAUCACCUACAAACUUACGUACCUUCUCCUGGAACACAUCAAUAUCCAGGUUAUCCAACGCAGGCAUCGAACUCUUACCUUCAGCCUACUUCGAGGUCCAACAGCAAUUCCUCAAUCAAUACAUUGGGUAAUUCGAAGAAUUCUCUUGGCGGAGCUGUGGACAAACGAGUACUCAGUUUGUUAAGAAAUAGCUUGGAAGUAAAUAGGCAAAAGAAACUCGAACAAAUGAAGUCCAACGAAAGCAUUCCUCUUAGAUCAGAUGUCCAGCAUCCCUCUACAGACGUAACAGCACCAUUACAGCCCAAACCAGGCUUUGUUAGCAGAAAUAAUGUAUCGCCGUUCACUCCCACCAGUUUUCCAGAUAAUAGUAACAUGGCACCGAUGUACAAAUUUCAUAUUCCAAAAGCAAUUGAUUCUAUUAACUUUGAUUCAAACAAAACCAAUCAACCAUUAACCAAACAAACUUCAGAUACUGUGAUAACUAAUCAUAAUAGUUUAAAUACGGAAUGCGAUGGACUGGCAGCUUUUCUAGCAGCUAGAAUACGAACUAAAGGAGAACUUAAACAAGGAGGACCUCCCGCCCAAAAUACAAAUAAAAGUCAACUCCAUGAUAUUAUAGAAAAUCAGCUGAAGUCUCCUAUCAAACAAGAAACACCUCAAAGCACCACUUAUUCUAGUAGUGGAAGUUUAAGUUCUAGUCCGCCUAAAUUGCAAAAAGAACGAUCGAACGCCGCUUUUGCUCCAAGGAAGAGAUUGUUUAGCAGAAAUGAGGAGGAUUUGACGCAUUCUUUGCCUCCACCCAGAGAACCUGGUUUGCGUAGCUCCUCAGAGACAUCAGUAUUUGAUUUUCCUGAUUCAGAUUCAGAGAACGAUUUGAAUAGAGAAUCUUUAGAAGCUAUGCGAAAAGGGAGGAAACCUACAAAACACAGUACCCCACUGUCUGACGUUAAAUUAGAGUCACCUCCACAAGCUCCUUCUCCAGGUGACGAUAUGUUCUCCCAACUUUGUGAUAAUUUCUUAGAACAGUUAAAGAGUGGAGUAGGUAGAAGAAAGCCAAAAAGGAGGAAGGACAUAGCGCUAGAAAUUUCCCCGCUGUUAGAAUCGAUCAGUAAAGAUCGGCCCUUUGAAUCUGCAGUCAUAGUGAAAGUAGAGAAAUUAGAUGAAGAAAAUCCAAUUGAUCCAACUCUUGCAAUAGAAAAACCUAAAGAAGAACCCGUGGAAAUUCCAAGUUCUGCCAAUUCUAGUAUAGAAAUUGAUUUAACCAAAGUUAAGGAUGAACCAAUUUCGAACGACUUAGAUUCUAAAGAAGAAGAUAUAUUUUUAACUAAAAGACGUAACGUUAGACGAAGGUUGUUAUCUUCAAGUGAUAGUAGUGAUAAUGAAGAAGUCGUAAUUAAAAGCAAAGAUGAACAACAGUCUAACAAUAAUAAAGAAAACAAAGUUGAAGAUGUUAAAACAGAAAUUGAAAUUAAAAAAGAAAAAAUUGAAGAAGAAAUCAAAUUAGCACCAGAUAUCAAAGACACGAAUGAUACUGUUGAGGAAAAAGACAAUAAUAAAGAAGAUUCCUCUGCGAAAAAUUCGACGGAACUUCUUCCAGUUAAUCGUCCUUUCAAGAAACCAUCUUUCGGAGACGGUUCAGAUUUUUAUCCCGGUUGGGAAGAAGGAGUGUAUAAAUACAAAAAAUCUUUACGUAUGCCUCCAACGCUCAUACAAGUAAACAGACCUCCUGCGUUUCAUAGACUAUCAACCUCCUUGCCGGAUUUAGAUCCUUGUCCUCAAUCACCAUCAACGUCUAUAUCAACGGAUGAUAUUAAAUCUAAUAAAAUUAAUAGAGUUAAAUCAGAACCUCCGGAUAGCGAUACAGAAUCAAAUUCUAGCUUUAAUAUAUUUAAUAAGAAAACCAAUUACGAUUCAGAAGGCGGCUCAUCUAUUAGAAGCUUGCCUAAUACUGCCAAGGAAAUGUCAAUUUUGGACAGGUUAUUAGAGAAGUGCGGUGGCAGAAAGAGAAAGAAAUACAAACGGAAAGAUGAUCAUAGUCCGAAAAUUGUUCCGAAGUCUGAAAGUACCGUUGAACUUUUGGGCACUCCUAGUUUAGAAAUUAAAGAGGAAGAAGACAAAAAGACAAAGAAAUUAUCUAAUUCUCCUGUAAUUAAAACUGGAUCUCCCUUGCUAGGUUUUAGAAAGUCAACUAUUAGUAAUUUCAAAGACGCGUUUAUCAAAAGAUCUAAUAAUAUAUUGAACAAUCAAUUUACUACGGUGGUGUUGAAUUCCAGGACUCGUAGGGAGACUAGAGUUCAAAAACAGAGAGCCACGAUUAAAGAAGUGUUUGGCGAAGAUCGUCCAGCUUCCGCGCCUCCAGUAACUUGCGUUAACGACAUUCAAAUCAAAGAAGAAGUUACUUGUGACACUAACAAUCUAUUAGGUAACUUAGUUGUAAGACUCGAAAAGAAAGACGAUCUUAUGGAAAGGGUUAUCGGAGAUAUGAAAAAAGAACUUGGUGCUAAUAGUGAUAAUAAGGAAAGCAAAGAACGUAGUAAGGAUAAGACAAAAGACGACAGUUUAUUAAAGACUAUUGCGGAGAAAACGAUAAAGACUGAAGUAGAAGACGAUUCGAUAAACGAAGAUGAUACGAGGAGUUUAGACGAUAUUACGAUAAAAUCUGAAACUCCUUCUAUAGACGGAGACGACGGCAGUAUAUCGGGAAAGAAACGCGGCAAGUUCGGUAAAAUGAGACGGAAACUUAGUUCCGGCUUCGAUUAUAUAAGGAAGAAGAAAAAGGCGAAGAAAGAUAAUAUUGAAAGCGAUUCUAGUGAAAAAAAGAAAAAGAAAAUCAUUAUAUCAAAGACUUUGGAAUCCGUUGAUGAUAUUCAAAAGGAAAUCAAGACUUGGGUUCUAAAUAAAGGAAUUGGCGAGACUCAUCUUCAUAGAUCUGCUAGACUAGGAUAUACGGAUGUUACCGCGUACUGCCUAGAAAAAAUGGAGUGCCAUCCUUCUCCCAGAGAUAAUGCUGGAUACACACCUUUGCACUGGGCAUGUGCGAAAGGUCAUCUUGAAAUAGCGAAACUACUUCUUUUAUACGGUGCUAAUCCUAGUGAAAGUGCUCAAGGAGGAAUAAGGCCUCUACACGAAGCCGUUGAAAACGGUUUCGUGGAAAUUGCGAGGUUGCUUCUUUCCUACGGAGCUGAUCCUAAUUUAGCGACUUAUUCAGGAUUGACGCCGCUAGCUUUGACAAAUGACGAAGUGACCAAGGACUUCUUGAAGAAUCAUUUGAAUGACAUUGAAGGCGAACCCGGUGAUCACUGGGUGGCUCAUGGACCUUCUUCAAACUUUGAUCCCGUGGACCAAAUCGGUUUCAACGUGCUGGAAGAGGUCCCCGUCCCGGAUCCGCCAUCUGAGGAAGAGGACAUCGACAUCGAAAUGUCGGAAUGUCUCCUGCCUAACCUCUACACUCUAAACAACGAACCUCCAACCGACAGAUGGGUGCUCCUCCAAGAUCUCUCUAACUUCCUCAAAAUCAAAUCUAGAGACGCUCUACUAAAACAAAUAUGCCCGCCGUCGACGAGCAGUGUCAGUGUAACCUCGAAAGCGAUUCUCAGAGAACUCAAAAUGACGGACUUUUUAGAGCAGGCGCGGUGUUGCCAGUUCUUGAACGCUGGGGAAAAGAUUAAUACGCGGGCAUCGAAGAUCGCGUUGAUCAAGUACACGGACAAAGUGAGGGAACUUUUGAACGUUGAAAGUGUAUCGAUAUCGGCCAGGUGACCCGAGGAAUCCCAAUAGACGUUUGUUUAAAUAAUUGUAUAGGCGUAUCUAGAAACGGGUUUUGUUUUUCUUGUCAAAAAUUCAUAUUUUUCGUAAACUUUGCGAUGAUUUUGAGUUGGAAAUUGUUCGUACGGUAGGGGAUUCUCAUACUACAUGGUUGGUGUGUAAAGGGAAUAAUUUUCUGGUUUUCUUUGCAAAUAUAAGCAUUUAUGGGGACUAUUAAACAACUAUUAAAUUAAUUUCUUAAAAACAAAUAUCGAUGUUCUUCUGUAAUAGUGAUAUAACUCAAAAUUUUUCUGUAAUAGUGAUAUAACUCAAAAUUUAAUAAUUGUCAGGAAAGCGAUUUAAAGAUUUUGUGCUACAGGAUUUAUUUUUUUAUAAUACUGAAAUAAAUUAUAUUACUUUUUUUAUCGAGACAACUAUGUAGAAAAGUAUCUUAGCUUCGAUAUCGUGUUUAAUUUUUAAAAAUUUUUUACGAUGAUCUUAGAAAUAUUACAAAUAUUAAAUUUUGUUCAUUAUUAACAGCGACAUAUUUGAAAAUUUUACAUCAGUUCUUUUAUUCAGUUUACAUUUUAUCUGAAAUAAAGGCAUAAGUAAUUAAAAUUAAACAAAAGUCGUUUAAACCUAAAGCGCUCAACAAAAUUUGUAUAUAGAAUAAUGACUCUUUUAAAAAUAUUACCAACAAGCAAAAAAAAUUACCAAGUAAAAAUUAAUCUACCCAAUUAAGAAUAACGGCUUAACAAGAAAUAAGUCACGCAGUUGGUAAAUAUACAAUUAUUAGUCUAAUCCGCAUGAUUAAACAACGACACAUCAGAAAAUAUGUCGUUAUUCUAUAGAACAAGUCAGGUACAUUUUUGAUUUAUACCAAUAAUCACAAGAAACAGUAGAUUAACUGUCGAUUGGUUCCGUUAUAAUAGCGAUAUCGUGUCAGUGUUCAGUAAGCAAUACAUACUUUGAAUUUUGAGAUGACACAAAUGCACAUCCUAGUGGUUGGGUGGCAAGUAUGGAUUAUGUCCUUAUUUCACAUAAAAUGAGUCAUUAUACUCAACAUAAUAUUAAACUAAAAAACCUGAAAUUUUGAAUUAUGUCGUUAUUAGAGAGAAUCAUUAAUGUAUUUUUUUUGAUAAUCUUUUACGUUAGUACUAAAAAAAAUCUGAUUUAUAAAAAACAUUGGCUUCCACUUAUAUACUAAUUCAAUUCUUUUGUCAACUUGUGACAGCCAUCGCCAUGGUUGUUUGGUUUUUUUGGAAUCGUUCGUUGGUACACAAGAAUAAUGACUCAAAAACAUAGAUUUUCGAGGAUAUCCAUUUUAAAGUGUCUUGUUUCCUGUAUGAUCUUGCAUUAAAUGAUUAAAUAUUUUUUGGGAAUAAAAAUUAGUGUUCACCUUGUAUUCAAAAAAUAACAAUUUUUCAUUGAUUACAUUAAGAAAAAUCCCAAAAAUAUUGUAUUUUUAUAUAUCUUUUGAGUUAUGACGAUCUUCCAGAAAAGAAUAUCUCACACCUUUUCAACAAUAAUGUCAUAAUUUUUUAAUGUCACUGUUGAAAAUAAUGUUAUAAUUUAGUUUAUAUUUAAUAAAACUUGCAUAUUUUGAUUUAUGUCGCUGUAGCCGAAAAUUGACGAUUUUAUCCGAACACAACUAGAUUUGUGUCACUUUUUAAUCAUGAUAAAUGGAUUUGGCUAUAUAUUUUUACAAUAGGCUCGAAAAUUAAAAAAUUGAAUUGUGUCACUAUUCUUGUGAACUAACGAUAUAUGUCACACUAUCACUAUCCAUAUCACACUAUCGCGAUCCAUUUAGUAUGAAAAUCAUCCUGCUGACGACAUUAAGAUUUUUUUGUGAGAAAUUGUAGCCUUAUGAUUUCCCAUGUGAUACGCCACUCAAUAAAUCCGUGAUAUUACUUUCUAAUUGUGAUUUAGGUUUGCAAUUUUGUUGUAAAGUGUUUUUCCGCUGAAUUUCCGUUUAUUUUUUGAAUCUAAAUGCAAUGACGGGUGUGGUGGUUUCUAUAAUAUAUAUUUUUUUGUUGUGUUAAUAGUUUUUGUAUCGCCGAAAGAUGUUUCUGAAUUUUUGCAGACGCUGAAAUAAGGGAUGAAAAUCAAAAAGAAGAGACAUAAUUUUCAGUUUUCUUAUACGCAGUAUUAGUGUGAAGUAAUUUGUGUUACAAUGACAGUUGAUUUAAAAAAAAAACAAAUCAUUCGACGUCUUUGAUUAUAGUUGUUAAAAAACAAACCAAGUUUAAAAUGACAUAUUUUCAUAAAAUAUGUUAUUUUAAGUUUCGCUCGUUUCUUAAUGACUAACGAUGCAAAUGGCCCUAUAUAUGAGGCAUCUCUUUACUUGAGGAAUAUAAAAGUACAAAAACUAGGAAAUUCAGUUGUAACAAAAUGAAGAAGUAAAGGAGCUAUGAGAAUUUCAGGGACAAAAUCGAUAAUUUCCUCAUGUAAAUGUUUAUGAAAAAUUUAUAUGGUUCAAAAUAGUGAAAAUCGUAAAUUUCAAAGUUACAUGCUGGAGUUAUCAACUAUCAUCUCUCUCGCUCGAUGAGACACCUAUUACUUAUCAUCCGUCAUUAAAUGGAUGCUGUUAUUUAUCAUCAGCCACUAGAUGGAUGAUUUAAUGUGUUAAUAAUCUGUCAUUUUGCAACUCAAACCUACAUCAUCAUUAUUCUCAACAUUUACAACAACACACCAUAAUGAUUAUUUUUUAAUUUAUCAAAUAAAAAUAAAAACAGCAACCGGGAAUUGAACUCACGAUUACCAUGAACCAUUUGUUAAAGUUUGUUGCCUUAACCGCUACUCCACGUAGAUAGGCUAUUUUGGAAAUUAUGAAAAUAAAAAAUCAACAAUUAAUUUUCAUCAUUUCAUAUGGGAAAUUGCGCUAUUUUUCAUUUUCAUAAUUUUCAAAAUUGCAUCUAGAUUUUGGACCUAAACCGAUUUUUCUCAUUUCACCUUUCUUUCAUUUAUUUUAAGAAUUUGUUAAUAUAUAUGAUUCUAAUAGUAAUUGUAAUAAAAACAACGAGAGAGUUGCGAGUUGACAAAUUACUUCUUCUUUAAUCUUGUUUGUAUGGGCUAAGCUGUAGCUAUAGUGAGAACAGCAUGCCUAGAGAGUCACACAAGGGCUCUAUUAACAACACUAUUUCUACUUCAUUAAUAUUUACUUUAAAGUGGUAAAACACUUAAAUGGUUUAAUGGGUUUAACUUACACCGUAUGCCCAAUGUUACAUAUUUAUUCUUAAUGAGAAAUUAUGAACGAAGUCGCAGCAGGACUCUGAAACCACUAAUCCCCUUUAACUUUUACUAAAAUAUAUAUUUGAAACUUCGGCACAGGAUGCACUAAAUUAUAGAAUUUUAAAAGUCAGAUGGUAAAUUUAAAACUUUUUGUUGAAACUGGACUCCCGAUUCAGUAACCACCAUUUCGAUGUUGACACGUCUGUGUCAGAAUCGGAAGUCGACAGAUUACUUAGAAUAUUAACAAUAUAACAUCAUCCAUCUAGUGACAGAUAUGAUAGAUAAGUGACAAAUAUGACAUUUGACAAAUGAUAGGUAUCGCCUUAUAACUGCAUAUAGUGGCAAUAAGUACAUAAGUCAUAAAAGAGUAACUUUUCAGGAGAGGUUAAAAACUUAUAUCCAGCACAUAUCGUUGGGUAUAGCACAUAUCAUUGGACUUCAACUUAUGUGUAUAUACAAAAUCAUUUCUAACCUCUUUAUGUUUAAUUAUUGACAUGUGAUUUUUGUAGUUAUUGACGCUAAAUUUGACUUAAUAAAAAUAUGGCGAUAUUUUGACUUAUGUGCUUAUUCACAUGUAUAAUAUUUAAUAAAUUCCAGAUGAUAACAAUACACAACAUUCGCUAUUUUGAUUCAUAGAAUUUCUUAUGGAGAUUUACGUACGAAAAUGGUCGAUUUCAGAAGUACUGUUAAUGUCAUUAUUUGGUAUUGGAACAUAAAUUACGUCAUCACGAACAUAGAGCCAUAUUAAUGUCAUAAAAUGACAGUAGCCUAAAUCAUCAAAAAGUAUAGGAGGCUUUAAAAUAAUCAGUCCACAUACCUAUUAAAAUAAAAUGGUUAUAAAUUGUAUUAGUGAUGAUGUAAUUCGUGUGCCAAACAAAGUUGUACAUAGGCUAAAUAACUAGUUUUUGAACUGUUAUUAUUACAUUUAAGUGAUUUAGAUCUUAUUCCUAAAGUAUGUAGAUAUUAUAGUUAAAUAAUCGUUCAAUAAUCAAUUAUGUAAAACAAUAAAUAAUCAAUAAUAAUUAAUACACUUUUUAUUGCUAUUAUUUUCAAGAUUUUAUUAAUUUAUAACUACUUUUUAAUGAUCUCCAAACACGAUUAAAUAAAAACACUAAAGAUUUUAUAGACAUUGCAAAAAAUUGAAGAACUGGAAUAUUUUAAACUGAAUAAAAAGAAAAGAAAAACAGGAUAUUAAUAAUUUCUAAACACCAGAACUAUUUUGAUUUUUUUUUUUAAAUUCACUAAAGGAAGAGGCAAACAUGGCUUUAGUAUUUUAGAUUCAUUAUGGUAAACAUUUUAUGCAUAACAUACUGGUUGUCUCAUCAGAAAUGCAUAACAUUCAAAAAACUUCUAUAAUAAAUUUGGCAAAAAGGCAAAAACAAGUCAGUUAAAGCUGCUUUUGAAUAUCCACAUCUAAUGCAUCUGAGAUGUGAUUUUUUUAUCAUGUAGAUGUAAUAAACAGCGGCAACUCGUGGCCUAGUGUAUAAGGAGAGGCUACUUUUAAAUGGCCAUUUACUUAAUACAAAUAUAUAUUUUUAUUAGAAUACAACAAGCAAAAAUAUUAAUUUGUAUUGUUUUGAAACAUGCCUUAAAUAUGGCUAAUUUUAAGUUUCAAUUUACUCAGUUUUUUCAAAUGCAACAUGCAACACCCUCUAUUAUUUAUCUUAAAAUUCCUUAUAAAUGUUCCUAUCCAACGAUACCAACAUGUUAGCCAAUUAUACAUAUAGAGGGUGUCCCAUCGUCCCACAACUUGUGCAUUAAAAAAUUCUUCCUAUUUAGAAUAGUAAAACGGCUAUAUCGAUAUAAAUAAUAGACUAACAUGUUGGUAUCAGUGGAUAGGUAAAUUCAUAACUUGAGUAAAUUGAACUUAAUAUGAGCCUUAUUUGUUACAUGUUUUAAAACACUCUGUAUAAAAUGAACCAGUUCUAUCAUUACUAUUCGUUAGUUUUGUAUCAUAUAAGUCUGUAUUUUAAACAAUUUUGAAAUCAUUGCUAAUCUACCCAAAUUAUGAUAAUUUUAUUUGGAGUCUUUAAGUUCACAAAAAAAUUAAUUGGCAACCCUGUAAUAGUUUUCAAAAAUAUUUUAGCACGACUAGAACAUUCUAAAACUGAAAUAAAAUAAGGGGUGUUCCAUUUAAAAAAUAUACAUUUUUAUUUGCCAGGCUAAAGUUUAACAUCCUGUAUAUCCACAAAUAUUUUUAAAAUAUGCCUGUUUCAAAUCCCUAUUACUUUUAUUUUAAACUUGUUAGUGUACCUAUAACACAAAUUGAUUUAUCGGGCAAUUACGCACGAAUGGAACACCUUGUAUAUCAAAAUCAAUGACAGAAUGGUUUGUUUUUGUUUGGCACACAAAUUAUCUCUCACUAAUACAGCGUAUUAUUUAGCUUAUUUGUAUGUAACAAAUUCAGAAACAUCUAUAAAUUAAAAGUUUUUGUUUCAAUUGUUAGUUACUUGUACCUAUUAUUUUUUAAAUGUUUUACAAAUGACGAAAGUUUUAAAAACGUAAUUAUAUAUUUUUGCACAAUUCGUUUCUGUUAAAAACUUUUUUGUUUAAAAACUCUGGACGAAACCAUCACCUUAAAAAAAGAUUUUUUAUAUUAUUUGUUUGACCAAUUUUUAGAGAGGUUUAUUUAUUUUUUAAGCGUUAACUAAUUAAGUUACCAGCUUUUUUAGACAAUUUUACAUGAAAUUUAGGCUUUAAAAUUACGAAAUAGAAAUUAAGUAGGAUUUAAUGUUGUGAAAGUGCAAUUUUUGUAACUGUUUUGAGAAAAAGGUGGUCCACGAAAUAUAUAAAUAUAUGUUUCAAGUAUUUAGUUAAUAGUUUAUAUGAUAGAACGUGACAGAAUCAAUCAUAUCCAAUCAAAUUCAUAAAAAUAGGUUGAUUUGUAUAUAUUUAUUAUAAUUCAUUUUAGUUAUUUUCAGUCAUUCAUUUUGUACAAAUCCGAGUGUUCGUUUAAAAUUAAUAUACCACCAAAAACUUCUUGUUUGGAAUGAAUGUUAAAAGGCAAAUUAAUGAUAAUAUUAAAAACAUUUUUGUAAAUCACUAUAUUUUUUUUUGUUUCGAAAUAAGUACGUUUUAAAUGAAUACUCAAAUUUUUUAAUGCUAUUUUCCAUUUUUUUCAAUAAGUGUGCUAGCUUAAACUAUUUUUUUCCAUAAAAUUUGUUAAUAAAAUAAAAAAUGAUUUAAAUUUAAGAGAAAACUUUUAGUUGUGCAUUAAAACUGUUUACAAUCUUUUCUAUGUCCAUCAAUAUGAAACAGGGAUGGAUUAUUUUGAGCAUGAUUGAAUAGUUUCAUUUGAAAAUAUUAAUUUUUCCGCUUUUUUUAAUGAAGUAGAACUGUCAAUAAAUUAUCGUCGUCAUCAUCAUUACUGGUGCUAAAGUACUAAAAGAAUAUUGACCAAUCAACUUUUAAUAUUUUACUGUGUGUAUCUACAAUUUAUGAUUAUAGCUUUCUUAAUUUCUCUGUCCAAUGUGGCAAAUUUAGUCUUCCCAUAGCCCGUCUGCUUACUGAUGUGUAUUCCUUUUUUUCUAUAUCAGGGCUUGACAGCCCUUAGGAAGGUCUUACCUUUACAGUCUCUUUAUUCAAUUCCUUCCUGCCACAAUGUAUGCAUUAUAAUUUAUAUGCCAUUUUGAAAGAUGUUUUCCGAGAAAAUUGUUCUUGCUUAUGACGCAUUAGACUCGAAAAUCACUCGGGCGCCAGUUUAUUAAAUGUUGUUUACUUCAAAACAUUUCGAUAGAGUGUCAAAAGAGUUCAGGUAACACCAGAUGGAGAUAUGAAAUAUUCCCGAGUUCAAAAUGUUCUUUAUUUACAUUUCAGCAGGUAAGAAUAACGGGAUUUAAUUUUUAAUAAUACAAUAAAGUAUUUUCGGGUAUUGUAGAAUUCCUCUUUCAUAUAGGUCUCAAAUUUGUCCAAAUAUAUCAUCACUAUAGAAGGUUAUUUUCAUUUAUUCUCAAGAAAUGACUGGUCUAUUUCAGAAGGUUUGUUUUACUGACCGGGAUAUUGUAAAAUCUACACAUCUUGAUGGUUUUAAAGUUAUACCUCUUCCUCCACAAACCAUUUUUGGUUAUAAGGCAUGUUUCUAAUCCAUAAGUUUUUUUAUUAUUUUACCCCCAUGUUCCCCUUUAACCAUAAUCUGUUUUAUUUGAUUAUAAUCAUCAUAGAUCAAAUUGUGCACGGCUGAAUGAAGGUCUUCCUUACCACCUUCCAUUUUAUUCAAUUCAGACGUAUCAGUUUAAAAUAUUCUAUUAAUGUAAUUGUAUAUCAUCUAUCAACUUAUAGAGGUCUGGUCUAGAGGUCGCUAUUCCAAUAUUCUGGUCACACCCACUUUAAAGCUGCCAAUAAAAAUCUAACAAAAAUCGCUUCUUACUACACUGUGUCAUGGUAAAUUUGAUUAUGUUCAGCAUGUGCUCCUUUAUUGACAUGAAUCAGUACGUAUAUUCUUUUUAAAAAUUUCUUGUUGAUCUUGAUAUUGUCCUGACAAGACCCAACUUUUGAAAUGCCAUCCUCAGUUCUUUUAUUUCUCAUAAAACUUAACAAAUUAGUCUUCCAUGUUUCAUGCAUCCUUGGCGCUUGGUAGUUUCAGUACAAGCUGCUACUAGUUCAACUGCAACAAAUAAAUACCUAACAAAGAUAGCUCCUUACUACACUAUGUUAUGGCAAAUUUUAUUAUGGACACCAUGUACUGAUAACUAUAUUUUCUUCAGCUCCUCUGUUGAUAUGACUCGGUGUGCAUAUUCCUUUAAAACAUUCCUUGUUGAUAUUGGUCUUGUUCUGACAACACCAAGCUUUUCAAGUCACAUCCUCAGUUUUUUAUUUAUAAUUUUUAGAAAUAAUGAAAAUGAAAAAUCCCUAAUUCCCCCCUUUGAAAUUAUGACAAUUACAGCUUCAUAGCCCCAAAUUAAAAAAAAAAAAACAAAUUGAAUAAGCUGAGAAUCUCGGACUUGGGCCGUUUGGGCUCUGCCAAUUAAGCUAUCAACACUACUUUUUAUUAAUAUCCGAAUUCGCAAAUUUGAAGAUUCCGAUUCUCCGUAGCAGAAACAAAUUCUCAUUCAAUCUCAGCUCCUACAAAUUUCCUUAAGCCACCCUUUUGACAUCAUUUAGGACGCUAAUUAAUAUUAAACUAGAAGAAAUUUCUAAGAUCUUUAAUUUGUUCAAUGAUAUUAAGUUUUCGGGUAGGGUACGCCGUAAACGUGAAAUAUAAUGAAACAAAAUGAAGUGAGAAAGUCUGUUUGAAUCCGCAACUAAAUGCAAUUUUGGAAAUAAUCAAAAUUGUUUAGUUUCGGAUCUAAACCGACUUUCUCACUUCACUUUCUUUCAUUAUCUUUUAUUUCUUCCUAGAUUUAUCAAUUUUUUCUGAUACCUUCUUGAUGUCCACCUUUGGUCUUCUUGUUUAGUAAAAUAUUUGUGGUUUGUGUUCGUUAGACUUCUUUUGCAGUUUUUUUUCUAUCUUCUAUGGACUUGCCAUUGAUUAGUUCCUUUUUCUUUUUUCUCUUUUGGUUAUUAUGUAUAUGAUGUAUCCAAGUCUUUUUGUUUGCUUACUGAGAUGUAUUCAAUUAGUAACACAGUGAUUUAAACUCGAAAUAUACUCCAUUCCGUGGUUAAUAUUUGUAUCCUUUACAGUUUUUCGUCCAUAAUUCCUUGAUUGGAGGUUUUUAUCUUACAACACUUGUACUAGUUUGGUCAUGAAGAUUCUCCCUUCUGAAAUUUCGUCAAUUCCAAUGUCUAACAUCUGUUCAAUUUUAUAAUUGUUCAUUAUAUUGAAUCCUAAGUGGUUUCUAAUAAUUAUACUAUCAUUUUACAGAAACCUGCACAGUUUUUAAAGCACACUUAAGAUCUCUUUCAAAAUCAACCUGACACCAAUUGCAUAUUGUAUACCAUUAAACUUAUAAACAUUUUGAAAUUUAUUAACAGAUUUUAAAGGAUCAAGGAAAAAUAGUUCAUGAAAAAAUGAAGAAAGAGUUUCAAAAAAUGCAAAUUUUAAUUUUAAUUUAAAAUUUAAAGAAAAAACAGACAAAGUUUAAAAUUAAACAAGGAUUGUUUUGUAAAAUUAUAAUAUUAUGUCAAUAUACCUGUCUGAAAAUAUAUCCUAAUUUUUUAUGCACCCCAAAAAUUAUAAAAAUGCUUUUUUGAGACUCAGCGUAUUUUUUUUUGUAUAUAAAUAUGAACCGAUACUCUUUCUGAGUUAGUAUUGUAAGAUAAUAUUAUUAUCAAUUCGCUCAGGGACCGUACUCAUUUUUUUUUUUGAGUAAAGUACUAUUAAUACUAAUAUUAAAAAAAAACAGGAUAGUAAGUAAUAAAUAACACAAUGUACGUUUGUAUAAAUGUAAAUGUAAUAUUCUCUUAAGUAUUGAUUAAAGACGGAUUUGCUGUACAUAUUCAUGUAUUUUUUAAGGCUGAAACGGCUUUUUUUCUAUAAAAUAAGGUGUAAAUGUAAAAAUCAAAGUGAAAUAAUGACAGAUUUUCGUAGACAUAUUUAUAAACAACACAGUUGAACAAGAUGAACUAAAAAAACCUUUAUUGUGCAAAAAUGUGCUAUUUUAAUGUAUUUUUGUGAACUCUACAUUGUGAGUUAUAGAAAUAGCAUUGUUUUUGCUUUUGUAACAACUCAAAGGUAUUUUGGUCACUCUAAAGUCUGUUUUAUAUAUGCGUGUAAUUAGCUUUGUAUAUGUGUUUCUCAUUAAAGUGGAAGAAAAUAUUUUCUUUUUGCUUUUUACGAUGUCUGGGUAGUUGUACAGUCAAAAAAGAGUUAUCUGUGAUGCGCAACUGGAGGCAAAGUGCAAUGCUUUUCUGCAAAACAAUAUUGUGAUUUUGCCAACUUGUCCUAUCUGUGUGAAUUAGAAGAUAUUUUUUAAUUUAUGG